GUAGUAGAUUUGCUACUAGAUAUUUAAUUCAUAUGAUAAUGCAAAUUGAUAUCUUCCGUUAAAUCAAAGUCACAUGGAGUAGUAACUUCCUAACAACAAAUUGGCUAUUGGAGUUUCGAAGGUUAAUAAAAAAAUGUAUCGUUUUGGGAAAAAAUUUAAGCGUUCAAAGACGUUUUUCUACACUCGAGGCCCUCGACGAUCACCUAUUGAUUCGAUGGCCCCUCAUAGCAGUCAAUCUAAAUCAAACGAAGACUACGAAGUGGAAUGUAAUGUGGAAAUGCAUGAUGAUCAUCCAUUGUUAGAAGAAUGUGUUGAGUCAAACAUCACUCUUGAACAACCGUUGCAUCUGAUUUCCCAGAAUAUUGAUGAAACUAUUACCGUUGAUGUCGACAAAUCUCAACCUGAUGAAAAAAAUAUUGCAGCUGUUUUGCAUUAUACUGGGUUAUUGCUUCAAUUUUCUGCAGUAACAAAUUUGGGGGAACAUCAAUCAUUUGCUAUUCUUGACUAUAAUGUGGAGAAAAGAAAAAUUAUGCACACUUCAUAUGUGUUUGUUCAUCGGUACCCUCAUUAUCGUGCAAAUGGAUGUUCAUGUGAUCGAUUGCAACUGGAAUUUGUGCAGGCCCUUAGCUCAAAUACUAAUUUAAGUACAGAUAAAGUUGUAAGCUAUCCAAAAUGCUUACAUAUAUUGGCAAUGGAAAGAUUUUUGGAGACUUAUGAUGAAAAUUUGGGAAUAACCUCACAAGAAUCAAGUUUUUUCAAGAUUGUGGAAAAAUCAGGAACAUCUGACCCAAUAGAUCAUUCAUACUGUGGAAUGUUUCCUAAAGAGGACUUGUUUAAAGCCGUUAGUGGUGGUCCCAACUGGAUUGCUGUAAAACCAGUCAAUCGCGAAUGGGGCGUGUGCACAUUUACUUAUUCUAAAGUAGCACUACCUCAAGCAGAGCUAAGAUGUUCUAAUUGUUCAUCUUACCUCUGCAUUCAUGUUACAACUCUUGGGAAGGCGCUGGAAAUCGUACAAGAUGAUGACGACUCGCAGCUAGCAUAUUUUAAGUUAGCUUUUGAAACCUCACCUGAAAUGAGAAAUUACUACGAGUUGGCAACUCGUAGUGAAAAAAAAGUUAAAUUAUUUGAAAUAGGUUGUGAUGAGAAUGAUGCCAAUCAUUUUGCUAAGCUUCUGGCUAUGAACUGGUCAAAGAUAUUCGUACCUAGUGCUUGUGGUACUUGCUCUUGUGGUGCUGCUUGGGAUAAGCGUGAUGUAUCAGAUGACUGGCUGGAUGUGGAAGGCUGUCAUGUGGCGUAUCUUUAUGAUUUCCACUGUGUGAAUGUGUAUUAUCGACCGUGUUCUACAUGCACAAACAAGAAGCGGUACGAUGGUAUCGAGAACAACGUCUUGUGGUUUGGAUCAUUUUCCAUUUCGCAUGCAGUCCUCAAAGAUUAUAUAAGGCAUUUUUUGGUUUCAAGCCUGCCCAUGUAUAAAUAUUACGUGACGUACGUCCAAAGACAAGUUAUGUCAGGAAAUUUGAAUUUUUCUGGCAUUAUAACUUACACCAAGUUUCGUCUGGCAGUUACUGCAAUGAUUAGUAAACUAAUUAAACAAAAGUUAAGAGAAGCAGUGAGUUGUCUUUUAUAUACUAAAUCUACAACAAUAAUACUCACUUCAUGAACGUAUUCUCCAUACGAUAGAGCGAUCUCUAUCAGUUCUUUCUUAUUUAAAAUUUUUCUCGAGAGUUCUGUUUUAUCAUCAAAUUCUUCUUCAUCGUAAUCAUCCUCUGAGAAUGGUGUACAAUAUGUAAAUAAAAACAAUGAAAAUAUUGAA